CUGGCGACUUUGUUGAAGCGAAUUAACGCUCCUCUUGCUUGAGUGUCUCAUCAAUCGACGCGGCUCGGAUUGACUCGACUCGGCCAUUCCGAAUCAGUGUGAUGUAGAGUUCUGAACGAGAAACACGACCGAAUCGAAAAAGAAACGCGUUUUCAAAAGCCAAAUUUUCCUUCAGUCUCCCUCUGAAGCCGGAGAUAGAUUCAUUCAUUGCCGCCGCUCGAAUUUUUGUCAUCGGAUUUUUCGGAACGUGGUGCUACAUCCUAGCGGUGUUCCCUUAAGUUCUGUCCGGUUAUUUUCUUUUCGGAAAUCGAUUAUUUUGACGGGACCCCGCCAUACUCACUCCGAAGGCUAAAUUUCCAUCAUCAUCCUUGGCAGUGAAUUGUACCGGAAUAAGAAAAAACUCAUCUCUCAUCAAUUAAAUGCAAGUGACCUCCAGUCGGGGUGGUAAGAAGAUUAAUUUUUGAGAGAAAUCAUCAUCCCUGAUCCCCCCACGUUCGCUUCAUCUUGACAGAGGCGAAUUUUUGUGUGCAGAGGAAGAUUAAAAAUAAAUAACCGCUAGAAAAUCUAGCGGGUGUGGGGGCGUUUGGGGAAUCUCGUAGAGGAGAAACAACUUCGAAGAUCCGUCAGUAAUCGAUCGAUCCGGCAGGAUGUUGCCGCAAAAAGGAUGAGAGUGAAGUAACGGUGAGAACGUGUGUGUGCGGCUGUGUUUGUGCACAGUGUGACAAGCGCAGGAAGAAUCGUGAGUUCCUGACCACCAUCGCCAGUCAGGAGUGGCACAGGAGCAGUCACGGUCCGUGUGAGAAGAACACAGCCCAACAUCAAGGGAGGGACGAAAAAAACGGAAGGAAAACAUCGGGCCAGCAGCAGCGCAUGUUGGCUGGUUUAUUGGCUAACCCAAACGUGAAAAUUUCUGUGAUUUCUAUUUAGUUUAAAAAUACGAGAAAUUUCAACGACGACCGCAAGCAACAACAAUUGCAACAACAAAAUAAGAAAAGGCAAAUUCACACAAGUCAGUGCACGCCACAAAAGAGCCAAGCAAAGUGCGGGGUUACAGAAGCAAGCAAGCAAGCAAAAAAAAAAAAUCAUCUCAAAAGUGUAUCUCCUAUAGAGUAGAGCCGUUCCUCUUCGAAGAAAAGCAACCGAAGUGAAAUAUUUUUACUUGAGGCACCGCGAAAAAUAACAACCGAUUCGGAGACAUCCAGAUAACCAAAAGAAACAGAAGCAACCAUGACGACCGCUGCAGGACCAGCACCGACGACAUCCAGCCUCCAGAACUCACAGAGGAUGGGUUCGAUAGUGCUGAAGAGCCUCUCCAUCCUGCUGGGGCUGUUUUUCAUCUUCAUCGGACUGAUGAAGCUGACGCCGCACAUCAGCAAAGAUCUGCAUCGAGAUCUGCGAAAAAACUACGUCAAAUAUGCCAAAGUGUUCCCGUUUUCGUCACUUUUGGACUUCAAGCUACCCUCCAAAUGGUACCGCCGAUCGGUUGGCGGUCUGGAAGUGCUCUGUGGCCUGGCCAUGGUGCUGAUUCCCAGCCAUAAAGUCAAGAAUACGGCUAACGUAACCCUGCUGAUGCUGAUGUUCCUGGCCGUUUACUCACACUACAUGGUGAGCGAUCCAUUCGAGCGAUGUGGACCGGCUUUGGUGUUUACCUUCAUGCUGAUCGGAAGGCUAGUGAUAUGGUAUCAGGCGAGUAGACGAGAUGCCCUGUUGGCUGCCGAAAAAUCCGCUGCCAAUGGCGUGAAACAGGAUUAAGCAGUGCACCGUUUGACAGCUAUGAUCUCAUCAAGCCCCGAGAUGCUGGCGCACAAAGCAAGAAUACAUCCUAAUGAUAAUCAUCAGAAUAACUGGAGCCGAUGUUCAGCGGCAAUUACCCAACAGCUUCUCUUGGACUAAUUGGAUGAUCUUAAGACUAUCUGGAAUGUCAUAAUUCGAAUGAAAAAAGACCAAACUUGGCACCACAAAUCAACAACUGGAAGCUGUUUUCUAAGAUCCAAACAUGACCGGUCGAUGUUUCCUUACGUUCAAAAUGUACUCACACUCCGCCUGUUGCCGAGAAAAAAAAUCGCUCUGGUUCGAAUCCUUGAAAUCCAUGAGACAUGCAAAAUUUCGCGCAACAGAAGAAAACGACCAGAAAAUAGAUCUGGAUAAUCUGUAGAACAAAAAAUAGACAUCAGACCAAGAAAAGCUAUCAAAUUCUAGUCCCCCAAUGGAACCUCCAAGGGUUAAUCGUUAAUCGCACUUAUAAUUGUAGACUUCAGAAAGACCCUUGGGCAUUUCACCUUAUGGUUUCCAGAAAAUAGAUAAAAAAAUAAACUCAUAAAACGAGGGUGAAAAAAAUUACUUCUGUGAAGAGAAUCGCAAAACUAGUUCGACUGUGUUCAUUAAUGAAAUUAAUAAAAAAAAACCACCAUUUUGCAGCAACACCUCUAGUCAGUUGUACAUUUUAUUUGAAAAUAUAAAGCAAAAUCAUUAUCUUUGUCCUGUAAAGUAUACGUUCUAUAGGUUGUGAACUGGCAUUGCUGAACACAAAAGCGCCGUUUUAGUUAAUUUUUCUUUUGGUAUGUACCUAUCACCAAUCUUACAAGAGCCCUCGAAAAUGCCUAAAUCCUUAAUCUUAUCUCAAUAUUCGAUAAGCUUAAAAGACUUCAGCGAACGUUUUCAGUUUGAUAAUAUUGAUACGUAGACAUUAUUGUGAGAUGAAGAAAUCAUUUACAUACCAAAACAAAACAAAAGCAAAGAAAUAAUAAAAUAACAAUUCAAAACGAGCAAGUAACCAACAAAACUAUUGCACCAACAAUAUAUCUAGAAUGGCUAACUGGUAAUACAAAACCAGAUGAGCAACAGAAAGUUAUUUAAAGUUAAAAAAAACUACAAGUCAUGCAAACAUUAACUUAUUCUGCGAACAAUUAGGUGGCAUUCUACAUACACAUAUGAAACAAAAGAGAAAUUCAAGAGAGCAAACCUGCAAUAAGAAGUGUUUCAUAAAUGACCAGAAAACAGAUUAACAAAAAAAAAUUGUAAAAGACAUGUUUUAGUGAAAACAAAACGAAAUUGCACAUCUGUUCAGCACUAGCGAGUAAAAUUAUCCGAACAUUUCUGGGCAUUAUUCAGCAAAAUUCAUAAUCACAAUAGACGAGGAAAAAAUUCUGGACCCUAUCAAUACGUCAGUCACUCGAACAGACAAACCCAGCAAUAGAAAUAAUUUUAGAAGCAAAUAGAAAAAAAUGAAAAUAAACAAUACACACACGAGAAAUAGACCGAUGUUCACAAAUUAAAAAGAAACCGACAACAUUACAGUUAUUAUACGACAAUUGGAUGAAAAUAAAAUACAACCUUUCACAUGA